AUGGAUGACUAUAAGUGGGAAUUGGUGACAUACUUUGCUUCUAAACAAGAUUUCAAGAAUGGUAUUAGGACAUAUGCCAUACAUAAUGGUAGGAACAUGAAGUUCAAGAAAAAUGACAAGAAAAGGAUGAGAGUGAUAUGUAAAAAAGGUUGUCCAUGGGAGGCAUAUUGUGCAAAAAUUCAGGACGAAGAUACUUGGAAGCUCAGGAAGAUUGUUGAUAAACAUACAUGUAGUAGAGAUUACAAUGUUGCGGUGAGAAUCGUGAUACCAAGCUAUUGA